AUGGCUGGUUACUAUCGAGUUUGCUGGCUGGCUGUGUGGAACUGCUGUGUUGUGGCUCCCUUUGUGGAUAGCAGAGCUGAGUCAAUUGACAAGAAAAUCGCUAGGCUUGAUGCAGAACUAGUGAAAUAUAAGGAUCAAAUGAAGAAGAUGAGAGAGGGGCCUGCAAAGAAUACAGUAAAGCAGAAAGCAUUGAGAGUGUUGAAGCAGAAGCGAAUGUAUGAACAACAGCGGGAUAAUCUAUCACAGCAGUCUUUUAAUAUGGAACAAGCUAAUUACACUAUUCAGGCACUGAAGGAUACAAAGACAACGGUUGAUGCAAUGAAACUGGGGGUGAAAGAAAUGAAGAAAGCUUACAAGCAAGUCAAAAUUGAUCAAAUUGAGGACAUACAAGAUCAGUUAGAGGAUAUGAUGGAAGAAGCCAAUGAAGUCCAGGAAGCACUGAGUCGUAGCUACGGAACACCAGAAAUUGAUGAAGAUGACUUGGAAGCAGAACUGGAUGCGUUAGGUGAUGAGCUUUUAGCUGAUGAAGACAAUUCCUACUUAGAUGAAGCCGCAUCUGCUCCAGCAAUCCCAGAGGUCACUCCUACUGACACGAAAAACAAAGAUGGCGUAUUGGUGGAUGAAUUUGGAUUGCCAAAGAUCCCAGCAACAUAAAUGUUUCAAAAGCACAACGGAUAUAAUGAACUCUACAAAUCAAAUUAAGAUUUUCUUUUUUAUUAUUAUUUUAAAUCCUGGAGAACUUGUCCUUCCAGUGUAACCUUACUAUCACUACAUCCUAGAAUGCAGUAUGAAUGGCUGGUGGUGUUCUUUCUUUGAAGAAAGUUGUUCUACUACUGACUUUUCUAUUAAUGGAAAAUUCGGCGCGGUUCCCUUCAGUGGAAGCAGCCGUUCUCGUAGGUUUUGGUUUCCCUGUCUUACGGACAAAGUCGUACGUGGAGAGUAGUGGUGGCCGUCGGUAGCUGAGGUUUAUUUUGACUUUGUAUUACGUUUCUCUUUCUCGGAACUUAAGCCUUGCUGCUUACCCUGUGUACAACAGCUCCCUUGUCACCACGCUGCUUCGAUAAAAGAACUGAAAGCGAUUUUUAAACUACUGCGGUGCAGAGACUUCCGUGCUGUUGUACUUGUAACCUUCUUAAACGCUCUCAUAAAUCGGGUUACCGUCACCGUGAUGUAUUCUGUGGAGGCAUAAAAUCACGUAGAUCAGC